AUGAGUGACCGUAUACGACUCUUGGAGGAUGCUCUCACAAUCCUGCACAACUCAAGUGGAGCAACCGAUCCACAUCCACUCCUCAACCGCGAUUCCCUAAAGAUUAAAUCCAUCAUCGAACUUCAUGCCGCAGUCAGCCAGAAUCAGGAAGAACCUACCCCGCCACAGGAGGAUAACGAAGAAUCCCAAUACAUAGAUGCAUUUGGAACUCUGGCCAUAAGAGAUGAUGGUGCAGCUACUUUUUACGGUCGGUCUGCUGGACAAGAAAGUAUUCUCAUCGGCGAAACCGUAACUUCUUCUCCCGAACCCCGCUCAACCCCCAAGUCUACCAACGCCCAAAUAAGCAACGGCAUUUAUUCAAGCUCAUCUCCAUCGCAAGAGUGGCCACGUUCACCACCGAAAGUCGAGUAUAAUCAAUUGCCACCCCUCCUUACAAAUUUAUCCCAUUCUUUCCCGUUACCCGCCAACCAGCAAGACUUCAACAUUGACUAUCUCAUCGACACGUAUCUUCCCACUUACGACGAAGCUCUGCGGUUGUGCAAUCUUUACCUCGAACAAGCCCCAUGGUUCUUUGGUGCGGUCACACGACGGCAGGUGUUCGACGAACUGCUUCCGAUGUGGUACAAUGAAGCCCCUAGACCAUCGAUACCACCAUCAUUGCUAGCUUCCGAUUCGUUGCCUGGCCAAUCUUCACAGAACCGCAAUAUGAAUGGCAAUCCGCUGUCGCGUGGAGCAGGAUUGGGAGUGGGGACGAUGGGUUCACUCUCCCCGCCUUCCACGAGCCCCAUGCCUCCCAUUGACAUUGCCAUGGUUGACGGAAGCUCGUCUAUCGAUUCAGUCCAUGACAUUGCGAAUGGCGGGAAACACUCUGGUGGUGCACACGAUCUUGCACUUCUGUUUGUAAUUUUCUGCUUUGGUGCCCUUACAGACAUUUUGUUGCCCGCCGCACCAGAAAAUUCGGUGGCAGAACAUUAUUACGAUCUAACGAAGGUGGCGUUGACGUUGGAAGGCGUGUUGGAUAGACCACCUUCAGUGGCGACAGUGCAAUCCCUAUCACUCAUGGCAAUUUACGAGGGGUUGAGAAGCGGGGAGAACAGCAUCGAGAGUACGUGGGCGCUUAUGGGAAUGGCGACGAAGUUGGCACAAAGUAUUGGUUUACAUCGAGACUGCGCCAGAUGGAGAUUAUCACCAGCAGAAGUUCAGAAACGGCGGGCCUUGUUCUGGGAGUUAUUCAUCACUGACUGUUGGCAGAGUCUCGCCACCGGACGACUGGCGACUUUCUCCUUACCUUUUGUUGACUGUGAGCUACCCGCCGAUCCGGAUCAGACAUUGGCGGAUGACGGGAGUUUUCAACCUAGUUUUCCAUUUUGGAAAGCGCGGUUUGGUGCAGAAUGUGUGGCUGCUGUUGUACAAGGCACUCUCACAUCGCGAGCCCCGAAAUAUUCUAUCAUAUUGGAGCUUGAUCGAAAGGUUCGCGAUAUGGAUUGUCCGCAAUAUGCACAGGGUCCUUCCCCCGAGGGAGCUGGUCUUGGCAAAACAAUGAGCCACUUCAUGCCAACUAACUAUCGAGAACUAACAUUAUUGUAUAUUCAUCGCUGUUUCUUCACCCAUGCUAUCCGAAGUAAUCCCUCAGACCCUAUCAAGAGCCAGUACGCGCCGUCCUUCCUUGCUGGGUACCGAAGUGCCUGCGACUUGCUUGGCUCAGUGAGGAAGCAGUUUAGCUUGUUCCCAAAACAGAUAGCAAGAUUUUGGGUUCUAUGGACUCACGCAUUCUCAGCAACCAUUAUGUUGUCCUCGGUGGUAAUGCAUGGAUCCAAGUCAAAAGUUGCUCCUGCCGCCUUGUUGGAAGUAAGAUCGGCUUGUGAGCUUUUUGAGCAAGCUGCUGCCCACGGUGGUAGGGCUGUUAAGUUCUUGCCUAUCAUACAACGCCUUCAAGCCAAGGCUCAGAAAGUCUUUUUCGAAACCUGCAAUGGAAUUCCCCCUUCAAUCCCCAAUGACAUUUUCAAGUCCUCUUCUGAGAACAACGCGGACGAUGAGAUGUCGAUCUUUGGAGGGAAGACGCAUACCGUUGCGACGAAAGUCGCUGCCCCUAACCGAGCAGGAUCCCAACCCAAAGCCAAUGACAGCCCGCGGGGAUCACAGUCCCCACCGACUGGGUCUCCCACUCAGAACUUUGCCACAACUAAUCCUUCCUUUACCGGCGUGCAUCCCAGUUUGGUUAACGAGCUAAACGGGUUCGAUGGCACCAUCAAUGCUCAACUUCAAAAUGCCUACAAAGCGGACAGUGCGUUGUUCACGCAGACCUUGAUGGGAUCGCAAUCUAGGCAAGCAGCUCAACAUGAUCAACAACGUAUGCAACAGGAGGAACUACAGUAUCAGCGGCAACAGGAGGAGGAGCGACAGCGACAGUUGGAAGAACGACAACGGAAGCGCUAUAUGCAGGAGCAAGAACAACAGAGGCAAGCUGAAGGGCAUUCCCAGGCGACUUACACUCGUCACGAACCUCGACCGGGCUACACCUCAGAAACCUACCCCUGCAAACCGGAUCCAUCGCCCUACUAUACCCGACUGCCAGCUGUUCAGCCUGAACUUUCACCUCCGAGCUCUUAUCCUGUUCCUCAUACUUCUGUGGUUGGAAAUGGUACUGCGGAGGCAUAUCAUGACUCUGGCCACAAACGUCCUAUUUCUCCCCCUCAAGCACAUUCAGACCUUCGUCCGCCGACAGAGUAUCCGGAGACAAUGUAUCGGCAGGACUCCUAUCCACCAGAAACGUUCCCUCGUGAAAUUCACAGAAACGGUCAUUAUCCAGCGGUUUACAAUAGCAAUCCUACGUCUCCUACUGUACAGUAUCCGUACCAUCCUGAGGAAAGCGGCAGUGGUACGCAAAAUGGCCCUCAGAUUCCCCCCCAACAACCCUCAGGUUACGUCAAACAUCCAGCUCGUCCACAACGCCCACUCCACGCUCAUCAACCGUACCUGAGGCCGAAUCAUCAUAUCCAACGGGUUUCCCAGACUCGCGUGCAUCGGCAGCCGCAGCCUGAAAUGUAUCAGUCUCCUCCAUCCUAUGUACAACCCCAACACACAGAUUACACUGUGUCGAAUUCGGCGAGUCCUGAAAAUGAAAUAACCUCCCCUGUCUCUGCUACCCAACCUUACCCACCUCAUUCCUUUGAACCGCACGUGAACGAGAGUUCACAUCCCCAGGUCUACCACCCUCCAUCGUCUCAGCACACCAUGCAGCCUCAACAUCAUGCUCAUGUUGGACGACAGGGUGAACAACCCUAUUGGGCUGGGGAAUCUGAGGGUUAUCACGCUCAACACCCCACCCAGCAUGUUGGGAAUCAACAGCCAUACCACCAGUACACGCCUGAAGACGCAAUGAGGGGCAUAGCCGCGGAUGAUCCUCGACUGCAAGAGACGUGGCAGGCGUACAUGUACAAAGUUGGAACGGCUCAGAUGCUUGAAGAUUAA